AUGGACAUCUCGAUGAGGAGCUUGACUGACACUCUCAGAGGCUUGAGUAUGGAGAGUGUUCUGACAGCCGCAGAUGUCACCGUCGAGAGCUUCUGUAUGGAUACAUGCGGAAGCCAUGGUUCCCAAGGCAAGAAAUCGAAGUUCGCUUACAUCUGGGUUGGUAACUCAGAGACUCAGUGCCCGAGUCAAUGUGCUUGGCCCUUCCACCAGCCCACCUAUGGUCCUCAGAACCCACCAUUGGUCUCCCCAAACAAUGAUGUGGGCAUGGAUGGAAUGGUUAUGAAUCUGGCUAGUCUCUUGGCUGGAACUGCUACUAACCCUUUUGAGAAUGGUUUCUAUCAAGGCCCGGCUGAGGCACCAUUGGAGGCAGCUUCAGCUUGCCCUGGUAUCUAUGGAAAGGGGGCUUACCCUGGUUAUCCAGGGGAUCUGUUGGUGGAUCCAACUACUGGUGCUAGCUACAAUGCCAACGGUGCAAAUGGAAGGAAGUACUUGCUUCCAGCUCUGUUUGAUCCUUCCACAUCCUCAUGCUCUACACUUGUCUAAGAAUUAGGGAGAAGAACCAGAAAGUUGUAUAUAGAUAUCAUACAAGCAAGUAUGGUUAUAGGUUUUUAGAUUUAUGUGUGAUGUAAUUCGUUGAUUCAUUAAUUUAUUCAUUCUAUUAUUUUUUGGAUAAA